UUUAAUUCGGACUGCAUCCCUUUCAUUUCCAUUUUUAUCAUUGCCAAAUCUCAUCACAAUGAAGGUUCUUGUUCUUCUUAAUUUCGCGUGGUUAGCUACCAUUUUGGCCUCAUCUCCAGAAGAAAAUCUUCACACCAGGGAUAACGAAUUGUUUGAAGGUGAUAUGAAGCUAAUACCAGGCCAGACCAGAGGUGCAGUGGGUAACAGACAGUGGCCAGGCGGCACGCUCGUGUAUGACAUCGAUUAUUCUCUGAUGUCUUCCUCGUAUGCAAUGACCGUAAUUAACAAUGCUUUCAACGCUUGGAAACGAGAAACAAAUGGCUGCAUAAAAUUCAGACAGAAGACGGCAAAUGAGCGCGCAUUCGUCAAAUUUUUCAAAGGUGGCGGAUGCUGGUCUUACGUGGGACGAACCGGGAGGGAACAACAACUGUCCCUAGACAGUGGAUGCUGGUAUCUCGGCACUGUUGCCCACGAGAUAGGACAUGCUCUUGGAUUUCUCCACGAGCAAUCGCGUCCGGACAGGGAUCAAUAUGUCACAAUACAGUUCGAGAACAUAAGCCCAGGAAUGGAAGGCAAUUUCCAGAAAUCAUACAGAGUGAACUCGUAUGGAACACCCUAUGAUUACGGAUCUAUCAUGCAUUAUGGUGAGAGGUACUUUACUAAAAAUGGAAAGCCAACUAUUGUCCCAAAGAAACCAGGGGUAAACAUUGGUCAAAGAGAAUACAUAAGUCGUAUUGAUGCCGAGGAAAUGAUUCGGUUGUACAGACGUGAAUGCGGGGGAGAUGUUCCAGAGACUCAGGCUCCGCCAGUUAUUCCUCCAUCUUCUGCUUCUUUCUUGUGCAAUUUCGAUGAAGACGAGUGUGGAUUCAGACAAAGUUCAAGCGACAAAUUUGACUGGACAAGAAGUAAAGGGCCUUCCCCAUCGGGAGGGACUGGGCCAGAUAAAGAUCACACAUCUCGCAAUGGUUACUUCAUGUACAUUGAGGCUUCAUUCCCACGAAGGAUUAAUGACAAUGCCAAAAUGUCCCGGACGGUUUCACUCUCUGGAAAGUCUUGCUUGAGGUUUUAUUAUCACAUGUUCGGGAGUAGCAUGGGAACAGUGAAGGUUAUGUUAGGUAACAAGAAGAUAUUUGAAAAGGCUGGAGACCAAGGAAAUGACUGGCACAUGUUCCAAGGUCGUCUUACAGGAUCAGGGUCGAAAGAAGCGUCGGCAAUCACUGAUUUCAUUACAAUCACGAAGAUCAUCAUGAAGGUUAUCGUGAUUUUUAAUUUCUUGUGGUUUGCCUCAGUUCUGGCCUCCUCCCCAGAAGAAAAUUUGCACGUCAAAGAUGGCGGACUGUUUGAAGGCGAUAUGAGGUUUUUACCAGGCCAGGCCAGAGGUUCAGUGCCGGGCAGAUUGUGGCCGAAUGGUGUCUUUGUGUUUGAAAUCGAAUCUUCUUUAAGUUCUCAGUCUAACGCAAUGACUGCAAUUAACAGUGCUAUGAAGGACUGGACAACGCUUACAAAUGGCUGUAUCAAAUUCCAGAAAAAGACUACAGAGACGGCAUAUGUAUCAUUUUUCAGGGGUUCUGGAUGCUGGUCUUACGUGGGACGCAUUGGGCGUAAGCAGCAAUUGUCCUUGGCCGCUGGAUGCUGGAGAAAAGGAACUGUAAUCCACGAAAUUGGUCACGCUCUUGGCUUUCUUCACGAGCAGUCUCGUCCAGACCGCGAUAAUUAUGUCGAAAUCAAGUUUGAAAAUAUCCAAUCAGGCAAAGAAGGCAAUUUCCGAAAAUCUAGCAGUGUAAACUCGUUGGGAACACCUUAUGACUAUGGAUCCAUCAUGCAUUAUGGUGCGAGGUACUUCUCUAAGAAUGGACAGCCAACAAUUGUCCCAAAGAAAGCAGGGGUCAGUAUUGGUAACCGAGCAGGUCUUAGUCCUAUUGAUAUUAGGCAGAUGAUGUUACUUUAUAAGUGCGGUGCUCCUCCACCGUCGAAACAGCCACCCCCACCGACUACUCCUCCCUCUGCAUCUUUUUCAUGCAAUUUUGACGACGACUGUGGGUUCACACAAAACAAAAAUGACAAAUUUGAUUGGACACCAAGGUCAGGCUCCACUCCAUCUAGAAACACUGGCCCAAGUGGAGACCACACCACAGGAAAUGGCAAGUACAGUUACAUUGAAACUUCAAGUCCACGAAGGCCUGGUGACAAUGCCAUAAUGUCUCGAAUGGUUAAACUCUCUGGAAACUCUUGCUUAAGGUUUUAUUAUCACAUGUACGGAACGGAUAUGGGCACUCUGAGGGUGAAACUUUGCAACAAGGUGUUAUUUCAAAAAUCUGGAAACCAGGGAAACACCUGGAAGAUGCACGAAGUUCGUCUUUCUGGGAGAGGUUCAUUCGAGCUGAGUUUUGAAGGGAUAAGAGGAGCCAACUAUAGGGGGGAUGCUGCAAUUGACGAUAUCAUUAUAUAUGACUGCUAAGUCAAAGCUCAAAACUAACAAAUAAAUGCCGGGAUACAUGUAGAUAAUGGGAUAGAAAUAAAAUGAAUAACACGUUA